UCCAACAUGGCCAAGAUGAGCACAGUUUGCUCGACUUCCGUCAAAAUCAUCUUAUGAUUCAGCAUUUCUAGCCUUUUAUGAACCACUUAAACCACCAUGGGUAAAGAACAUGACCUCCUUAAUGCUGGAAAAACUGGAAAUGUCUCUCAGAUUGAAAAAAUACUGGGCCAUCGAGUCAAGAAGUCAGGCCUUCAAAGUAUCAUGGGACGAAGUGUAAAUCCUAAUUUCCAAGACGAGAUGGGUUACACACCUCUCCAUUAUGCCUCUCUUCAUGGACAUAGAUCUGCUGUUGAACUUUUAUUAAAGUAUGAUGCUUCAGCACUUAUUCCUGAUCACUCAGGAAACUAUCCUCUUCACUUGGCGGCAUUUAAUGGACAUGCUGAUGUGUGUAGAAUAUUAAUCAAUUCUGGACCAUCAAGAGCUGAUGUGAAUGAGCAGAAUGGUACAAAAGAUACGGCAAUGCAUUCUGCUGCUCAGUCUAAGUCCUCUCAAGUUGUUGCAGUUUUGCUUGAGAAUCAUGCUGAUCCUUUUCUUAGAAAUUGUCGCAAGGAGUCAGCUUUGGAUUUGGCUGCUCAGUAUGGGAGAAUGGAAAAUGUUAAGCUUCUGCUUGAUUAUCACCCCAAUCUACUGCAAGAUCACAUCAAAACUCACUCCCCUCUGCAUCUGGCGGCAAGAAAUGGACAUAUUGAUGUUGUAUCAAACCUUUUGGGCUGUGGAAUGUCAGUCAAUCAUCAGUGUGAUACGGGAACUGCUCUUCAUGAAGCUGCUUUAUUUGGAAAACUGGAUGUUUGUAACUUUUUACUACAGUGUGAUGUGGACAUUUCAGUCAAAGACAAAAACCAGAUGACCGUAAUGGAUUUACUGAUGAAACACCCCUCGUCAAAAACAAAAGAAAUCAGCACUCUUAUUUACAAACAUUCUCAAUCCAAAACUCGUUCAAAGUCUUUUAAAGGAUCCAGUAGUUCGCCUGAUGUUCCCAUCACACAAGGUAGCAUGCCUUCUCGAUCCAGCACCAUGAUUAACAGACAAUCAAACUAUGAUGAUAUACCAAGCCCAAGACCUGUAUCAGGCUUUAGAAGGUGUGGUACGUAUGAUUCUGUUCCAGCUCCCAAAACCAAACAGGAAAUUAUGAGCCAGAUGAGCUAUGGUCUUGUUCCAAAUCCACAGUCAAGGCCAGGUAAUGAAACAUCGUAUGUAGAAAAUGCAGACAGAGAAACCCCCUCCCAGCCAACCAUCCAACCAUCUGCAAUGGAGGUAUACUCUUACGUAGGCACACCAGCCCAACAACCAGUACUGCCCUCAAGUGUCCCAGCCCUAACACCUAGGAAUGUCAAAGAAGGGUACGCAGUGCUUGGGAUCCCUGUGGUGCCAGGAAGUCACUUCACUGGGUCACAACCUCUAACAGGAGAGGAUUAUACUGCUGUAAGAUCUGAAGGGAUUGCAGGUUCACCUGGUAAAUCUGCCAUGAAGGAUAGUGGUGCAAGUAGACAAAAAAUCCCCACUGGAGGUAGAGCAGGGGAUCCGCUUCCUUUACAAGCAAUGGUAACCAAGGAAAACAAAGCAUAUUAUCAGAUUGAGCCACACACAUCUGGAGAUGAACCUCAAUUCUCUGCCAUGAACAGCAAAGACUAUGAGGUAGUACCACGUGUCCCUCAGAGGCGAGACCUACAAAUACCACUAUACCAGACACCACCAACAUUCAAACAACCACCACAACCACAACCAAAGCCGCCGCAGGGAGACGGUGAUUAUGGCUUUGUUGGGGAGGCUUUUUACAAAAAACCAGAAAAACCAGCAGUACAGGUUCAAGCUACUUCACCUAUGAGUCCACCAGUGUAUGAAAUCCCACCUUCAUUCAAGUCCAAACAGAUAUCCUCAGGGGAUAUCCCAGGAUCGCAAGCCAAGACUUGCCCUCUGGAUAUACCUCAGUACGAGUUGGUAGGAUUUAGAAAGACUCCCAGUGAAAUGGGACCUGAGACAUUACCCAUGUCUGCACUCCCUGGCUAUGAGCCCAUGGGACCUGAAACACCAGAAAACCCAUUUGGAGAAUAUGAAGUGUUUGCUCCCCGAACUGAUGCUAGUGAUUAUGAGGUUUUACCAAGAGGAGCUAUACUACAGCAGCAAGGGACAUCCCAGCCAUCCAUCGCACAGUCCCCUCCUGUUUACGAAAUAGCCCCUCCACCAAGACUGGCCCAAGAGGAGCCACAACCAACACCUUCUCCAAGCACAUUGUCUCAAAAUUCCCCAGUAUACGAGAUUGCACCACCGCCAAGACCCUGUGUGCCAACACCCCCACAAGAUGUUGUCCCCAUAGUUGAAAAGGGGUCAGUUGUACCUCCUAGACCACGCCCCUACAACCAGUACCAAGUGUGUACUGUUCAGCCAACAGUACAGGGUAGUAGUGAACCGCCCACCAAACAAGGCAUGCCGGCUCCUUACGAACAAGUAAGAUUAGAAGCUCCAAAAGGGAAACUAAACCUGGAUCAGAAACCUGUUUUACCACCUAGAACAUUUGAGGGGGAUUACUGCACUUUAGAUCCCAAUGCUAUGGGUCAAAUAAAUCCCCCACCAUUACCCUCUAGGGAUAAUAUUAGCUCUAGCUCUAGUUUAGGAUCAGGUUCAGGGAGUGAUUUGGCGGAUACCCCAGGGGUACCCCCACCGUCACCCAGUAUGGCUGCUAGUGCUGUGUUUGAGGCUUUAGAACCAAGACUUCAAAGCCCAGAGAAAAGAGCAGAAAAAACUGAUGAUAAGAAACCAGUUUCUGCUAAAAGGACACUAGAAAGACGACCAGUUCCAACACCAAGAAGAGAUAGCUUGCAUGAUAAACCAAAAUGGUAUAGCCAAGAAGAUCAGUCAAAAGAAACGGGGAAAUUAACUCAGCUGGACAGAGAGGCGCAAGAUCCAUUCAGCUACCCACCAACCAAUGAGAAAGAGAAAAUAGAAUCUCCACCAAGCCCAGAGAAGGCAACAACCUUUACCUCACUACACAAGAUAUAUUCACCUUUUGGAUCCAAAGAAAACUUAGUCGAAGAAAAUGAAGAGAAAGAAAUUAAGAAAGAGGAACAUGAAGAUAGUUCUCCAUUGUUGUAUGAGAAUGUUCUUUUCAAAAGAAGCGACAGUACUGUUCGCAAGAGCAUUAAUAAGAAACCCGGUCUCCCGGCACAAGAAAAUGGAGGUGGGACUAAGCCCGACUCUCAACCCAAGCCACAACUCAGCGAUCUAUUGGAUACGUCUGAUACAAUGGAUGAAGACGCAGAAUGGGAAAAGAUCGAGGCAUUGCUGAUGUCCAUAAGUGAGAUUGAGAUGCCUGCUGACAGCCUGGAAAACCAGAUUGCAGAUGCAGUUUCAGGUGAAGCUACCUCAGUACCCGAAUGGCUCAAGUUCCUCGGCAUGAGUCAAUAUGAACCUGAAUUCAUGAACAAUGGAUUUGAUAAUCUUGGAUUCCUUAAUGGAGGUGUGCUUGCAGAUUUGGAUCUGGACGAAAUAGGAGUGAAUGAUCCUGCCGACAGAAAAAUUAUCCUUGAGGCUGUGAAAUCCCUCCCCACCCCUCCCCGUGUGGCAAAGCUACCCAGUCCUCCCUCAACAGUGGAGGAAUGGCUUGCAUCUCUCUGCCUGUCUGAAUACCUGGUUACGUUGUUACAUCAUGGGUAUACAACAAUGGAUCGAGUCAAGCAGAUGUGGGAGGUUGAACUCACUUCAGUCCUCGAGAUAAACCUUAUUGGACACAGAAACCGUAUCCUGGCAUCGUUAGUUGAGCCACGAAGAAUGACUCUCGCGAGAAAAUCAAGAAAAAGUGAGGUUUAUGAUUCGAGAGGAAAUUUUGGUUUAGACGAGAAAGUAGCAGAACUAGAUGUCUACUGCCCUAACGAAGAACAGCCUACAGGAGUAUCAGCCAAAGUAGACGCGGAUAUGUUAAUGAAAAUAGCAGAAGAAAUGGUACAUGACGAGAAUUUGAAGAAAAAAGCUGAAAAAAUGAAACGAGAAAACCGGUGGCGACAUGAACCGGCAGUCCUACUUAAAGGAUCUGUUAAUUACUCGGCGCAGUACCUUGGUUCACAGACAGUAAGAGAAAUCGUAGGAGUAUCAUCAACUGUUGAAGCCAGUCGGAAGAUGAGGAUGUCAACGGCCAAGUUACAAAAGAUCCCGUCUGUAAUCCUUGCUGUUUCUGUUAAUGGAAUUAAAUUCAUUGAUGCAAGAACAAAGUUCGUUGUAAGCAACCAUCAAAUGUGUAACGUGUCGUACAUCACUCAAGAUCCUGAAGAUAAGCGCGUGUUUGCUUACAUCGCUAAAGAUGCUAAAGUCAACAAGCACUACUGUCACGUGUUUCGCGUGGAUCAGACGCAACUUUCUGAUGAAAUUACUAUGACCAUUGGACAAGCAUUCGAGCUUGCAUACGAACAGUUUAUGCAGAUACAGGAUUAUCUGCGCAAGAAUAAACAUCAAAGAUGAAAGGUCGUAGCUUCUAAAUGACGUCACUAGUACAUCACUGCUGCCAGUGCUUGCAAUAACGUCAUCAAAACAUUUCCUUAAGACUUCUAGAAGAAAUUUAUCGUGAUUCGAAGUUUGAAGAGAGGACUGGAAACUACAGACGUCACCAUAUAAUUCGUGCCCAGUGCUUCUCAAGAUUAUUUGAAGAGAAGAGCCCGGGUCCAAUAGGAAAUGCCAGCAAUUGAUUCUUAUAUAGAAAUGAUGUGAACUUUAUCAAUUAGAAAUUCGAGGGGGAAACCAGGGGGUGGCCAGCCACUCUUCUCCGUUGGGAUUCAAAAUAGAAUAACAAAUGCCUUCUGUAUAACAGCCACCCUCCAUGAAUUCAGCAGGGAACCACAGCUAAAAUGACCAUAAAUUGAUCAACAAUUGAAAAUAUCCCUAGUUUUUGUCUUGUUGACGAAUAAUGGUUUUGUAAAAUCGUAUAUAAAAAUUAAAAAAAUCAUUUUUAAUUAAAUAAAUGUAUUUUCACUA